ACAUGUCUCCUUGGCGCAAUAGUUCCUCUCUCGACUGAGCUGUGGUGCAUGCAUACCUUCAUCCUUCACGACAACAAACCUCUCGGUGAGGACUCGAAGCGACGAUUACCCUAUCCCGACGCGGUCCAGAUGCGCGGCGAAGGAACCUGCGUGCCGCGGUGAUACCCUCUCCAUCUCCGCCGUCGCCAUGGCGAACCAAUCUACACUACGUGAGAAGCCCACGGAUCGCUUCUCACAACUUCUCGACCAAUUCUACGAACGUAUCAUAGCUCGCCUACAGGCUCUUCAGAAUCGCAGUCCGCUGAGCAAGCAGACCAACCAGCUCAUUGCGACACUCGCCUUAUCCUUGACGAUAAUCGCAGGUGGAUAUGGCGGCUACAGAAUCUAUCGCGCUCGGCAGAAGGAGGCGGACUUGGGAAAACGUCUGGUUCGGAGGAAUAGUGGUGUGAAGCGGAAGGAUGGUGCAAGGACGCUAUACGUGCCAUAUAAAGACAAAGCCAGUCGUGUCACUAUUCACCCGACAAAACCAACAACCUUUGACGCUCACCGACGCCUCUUUCUCCAACCUUUCAAAGAACGAGGUGCCAAGGGCUCCGAAUAUGGAGCACCACCGCCAAACAUCAAGCCUGGUCUCAACAUUGCCUUUCUCCAUCAAUUCAUGAGCAUUAUGAAGAUUGCUAUCCCCAGAUUGGGAUGCAAAGAGUCUGGUCUGCUCGCAACACAUGCCAUUUUCCUGCUUUUGCGCACAUAUCUCUCUCUGGUCACAGCACGGCUAGAUGGUGAGAUUGUCCGGGAUCUUGUCGCUGGUAAUGGUCGUGCUUUCCUGCUCGGCUUGACGAAAUGGCUAUCGGUUGGUGCGGUUGGCAGUUACACAAACGCCAUGAUCAAGUUCUUGCAAGCCAAGAUCAGCAUUGCUUUCCGAACCCGCCUUACAAGAUAUAUCCACGAUCUGUACCUCAGCCCAACCAUGGCAUACUACAAGAUGCACACUUUGGACGGUAGCAUUGGGCAAGGAGCCGAUCAAUUCAUCACCCAGGAUCUGACCCUUUUCUGUGACGAAGCUGCAGCUCUCUACUCGAGUCUGGGUAAACCUUUGGUGGAUGUGGCCACAUUCAACUACCAACUAUGGGUGUCACUGGGUCCGCUAGCACUAGGUACUUUGUUGGCGAACUACUUCGCCACCGCUACUCUGCUCAGAAAGGUCAGCCCGCCCUUUGGCAAGCUGAAGGCUGCCGAGGCUCGCAAAGAAGGUGAAUUCCGUGCCCUACACGCUCGUCUGAUCGCCAACGCCGAGGAAGUUGCAUUCUACGCUGGUGGCCCGACCGAGCACGUUCUCCUCGACCAAGGCUUCAAGUCUCUGCGAAGAUGGAUGGAAGGUAUCUACCGAGUACGCGUGGGUUACAACAUGCUCGAGGAUUUCGUCCUCAAGUACACGUGGUCCGCAUUUGGCUACGUCGUAACUGCUGUUCCUGUUUUCCUGCCCGGCAUGGGCCUGGCGCCGGAGCCCAGCUCCUCUCGCCGCGCGGAUGCCGAUCUUGACGACCGGCCUAACCACGACCGAAGUGGAGACCGCACGAAACAAUUCAUUACCAACAAGCGACUCAUGUUGAACCUUGCCGAUGCCGGAAGCCGCAUGAUGUACUCUAUCAAGGAUCUCUCUGAGCUUGCUGGCCACACUAGCCGUGUCUUCCACUUGCUCAGUACACUCCACCGCGUCCACGCCAAUCACUACCCGGCGCCUCGUAAUGGUCAGUACCCCGAGCUUUUCAGCCAGGCCGAUGUUACCGGAACACUUCACAAAGGCUACGACGGUGUCCGAUUAGAAGACGUUCCAAUCGUCGCACCUGCGCCAUUCCCAAUGGGUGGUGAGGAGCUUAUCGACAACCUGUCCUUCGUUGUUAGCCCUGGCGAGCACCUCCUCAUUACAGGUCCUAAUGGUGCUGGUAAAUCCGCCGUCGCCCGUAUUGUCGCAGGUCUCUGGCCCACCUACCGCGGUCUGACAUCCCGCCCGAGGACUACUGGCCAAGAUGGUAUCAUGUUCCUCCCGCAGCGAGUGUACCUGAGCCCAGGCACGCUGCGUGACCAGGUCAUCUACCCCCACACCGAAAUGGACAUGAAAGACGCCGGACGCCGCGAGAGCGAACUCCAAGCCAUUUUGGAGCAGAGCAAACUUGGCUACAUCCCCGAGCGUGAAGGUGGCUGGGACACGCGAAAGAUGUGGAAGGAUGUCCUCUCUGGUGGCGAGAAGCAGCGUAUGGGUAUCGCUCGUCUGUUAUACCACGAGCCUCGAUACGCCUUCAUCGAUGAAGGCACUUCCGCCGUGUCGUCUGACGUCGAGGGUAUCCUCUACGAGACCGCCAAAGCCAAAGGCAUCACUCUCAUCACCAUCUCCACUCGCGCCUCGCUCAAACGCUACCACAACUACACCCUCACGCUGGGCCUCGGCGCCGAAGCCAACGGCUACGAGUUCGUACGCAUCGGUACCGCCAGCGAAAAGGACAGCGUCGCCCAGGAAAUCGCCGAGCUAAAGAGUAAGCUCGCACAGGUCGACACCUGGACCCAGCGCCGUAAGGAUAUCGAGGCUGAGCUCGGCAAGGUUUGGGUCAGCGGUGGUGACAAGAAGGAAGAGAAAGUCGAGUUGGCGGCCCCGGAGUACCAGACUUGAGAGGAAGAGAGGAUCUUUUGAGAGGUCGAGGUGUGUGUGAAUGAAUGAUAGGCUUCUCAGGGGAGAGGAGAUGUCGUGCGAAGGCGAUGAAUGUCAAAUUCGCCCUCGUUGUGGCAUUUUACUUCACGAAUUUGAUCUGUAUAUGACGUGACUGGCGAGCCAAGAUUUUAUAUACUUAUGUCCGGACUUUAUGAAUAAGGACCCUUGGUAUUGAUAUCAUCAGAUACAUGUACUACUCGUUUUCUCAAGACUUCACG